AGAUCAGUUACGACUCUGGAGCGGAUGAGUCUGGACAGGAUCAGGAUGGGGGAUCUUACGCGAGUUCUUGUAACUCUGGCCUAGUAGCCAUCUCGACGAGCAACUCGUCCGCCUCUGCGAUGAGCAGCUCUUCCGCGGGAGGAAGCUCGUCCAGUUCCUCUUUCAGCGGUCCUGGCAGUAAGAAACAGCAUCCGUGGGAGCAGAUGGUGGAGCACUUGGUUGAGAUAAGUUGGCAGAACUUCCAGAGCGGUCCCAUGAUCAAUGCGGCGUCGCUCGCUUCAACAUCUGCUACUUCCGGCGGUGCUGAUGAUCAUGCCGGGAAGAUCACAACACCUGCAUCAAUUACAGCAGGCGCAAACUACAAGUCUCCCUUCAAAAUAAGCGCGCCUGGAGCUGCUGCUGCAGCAGCACCUGCUGCUGUUACCGACAUCACCUCGGUUGGAGCAGCAGCAGUUGGAGCACCCCAACAUCAUCAUGAGCCAGAUUUCAACGUGAAGGUGUCCCGGGUGACAAAAGUGCACACCAAUGACCACUUGCUGUUUGGCGGAUCUACUUCGAACAAUGCCGCCGGCGGGAGUUCUUCGUCCACCUCGAUGGUGCCUGCAGCCGCCGCAUCAAAUCUACUUCACGCAGGAGCCAGUACCAUUCCCAACGGCUCUUUCGACGCACGGCCGAUGACUUCCA